AUGUCAUUUUCACAUUCGAGAAAUGACCAAAUUAGUUUUGAAGGCGAAGACUUAUCCUACUAUAUUGAAGGUUUGGACGGCUAUGAUCCAUCGCAGUUUCUCCAAGAAUAUUGCAACACAUUACAACUUGAUAGCCCAAUUAACAAUCUAGAAUCCACUCUGAACAACAACACGACGAAUGAAACCCUAGCAGCAAUUAGCAUUCCCGGAGGGGAAAACAUAAAUGAAUUAGGAAACCCUAGUUCUUCAAAGUGCAAGUCAAAUGAAAAGAAAGGUAUUGUUGCUCAAGGGAUUAACAUUGGAGAAGCGGAGAAGAAACUUGACCACAAUGCAAGGGAGAGAGUGAGGAGGAUGAAUCUCAAUAUGUCCUACCAUACCCUUCGAUCAUUGCUCCCGGAUGCUCGAAGAUCAAAGAAGAGAUGGAGUUCAGCAAAGAUAGUGGAGAAGGUGUUGGAAUACAUACCCAAGUUAGAAGAUGAAGUGAGAAAGCUCAAGGAAAUGAUGAUCAUGAUCAAUGAAGAAUCCCCCAAUAUUCAAACUGAUGAAUAUCAGAGAACCAAUUCAGCUUCUAAUAAUUCAGUAAUGGUGAGUGAAAUUAAGAGAGGUGAAGUAAUAAUUCAAACAUGCAUGAGGAGGAACAAUAUUUUCUCAAUAAUAAUGCAGAAUCUUGAGGAAGAACAAGAAGAUGAUCAAGGUUUCUUGAUUUCAAGUGCCUCAACUGUUACUCUUUGUGAUCAGACUACAGUUUGUUGCACUCUUCAUCUUCAGAUGAAUGGAAAUUACUCAUUAGGAAAAGACUAUGUUACAGUAUUGAGGAACAAGCUCAUAUCUUGGUUAUUAUAAUAUAUAAUGUUUAUAUAUACUAAUCAUCAAUUAAUGUUAUUGUGCUC